UCUUCAGUUGAAUCUCAGAGAGGUCGUGUAUUUCUCUCUGUUCUUGUCCCUGAUUGUGUUGACGUCAAACAAACUCUGAUAUGAAUCUAAAUUUGAUGAAUAUUUUCCGUUUUCCUUGACGUCGUCAUCGGCAGGUACGUCAAGUUCACUCACAUUAAAGUGGAGUAAUCCCGUUAAGCUCGUGGCCUAAUCCAGAAAAACUCUUAUGCGGGUUUGGAUUAAGAGUGUGUAAAGGUGUGUUUCUUUCUCACACUGUUGUAGAGCAAACCUCUGUGUGAUUUCUUCUCUCUGAUUUUUGCCGCGGUGAGAAUGAGACCAGACUGAUAACGUGAGCCUGAAGAUCUCACGCUGGUCUUCAUAGUUUCAUUUAGUGUUUUUAUUUAUUGAACAGCUAGAAUGAUGUCUAAGAAGCAGAGCAGGUGUCAUGACAACCUGGUGAACUCUAAGAGCAACACACCGACACAGAGAGCCAAGAGGAGGGAACCAGCAGCUUUAUCACCUCCUGUGAGGAGCGGAGGUAAACAUGCGUGCAGCAGUGCGUCUAAAGCCAGCGUGAGUUGUGUGAGGAGUAACAGCUUCAGCAGCAGGGGGUUGGACUCGUCUGUGAGCGGCAGCAGAGCCGGAGGCAGUUUGAAGAGAAGCAGCGUCGGCCAGCAGAACUUUAUUAACCCGCCGAGCAGCAGAGCAGCUCCUCGCCCCGCCAAACCGCCUCUACGCCUCUGCAGCAGCCGCAGCUUCUCGUCCCUCCAAACCGCCUCUCUCACCACCGCCACGUUCAGCCGGAGCAGCCACUCGCUCAGCAGACUGGACCAGAAAUCCAGCAGAGACAAUUCAGAGCACAGUGAUCGAAGUUCACAGGUGAAAAAAGGACGAGUGACUUCUGGCCAGCUCAGCAGGACUAACAGCGACCUGUGUCACGGUGACGAUGCUGAGAAGAUGAAAACACGCAGCUCCUCUGAGCCUGCAGAGUCCUCGUCCUCGCUGGUCUCCACCUCUGAAUGUCAUCAGCACUGCAACAAAGUCAAGAAACAGAACAGAGAUGGAGUGUACUCACUCUGUGCAAUGACCUCUGGGAUGAGACGUAACCUGGUCCACGCCGUGUUGAAGAAUGUGAGGCCCAGUCCUACACCGGACGCCACAAGCUCUGUGACAGAGCAGCAGCCACACUCACAUAAGUCUGACGCUCUGCAGAAAUCUGAACACACAAACAGCGUUUCACCAGACUGUGCAGAGGAAACACAAACACAGCACAAAGAUCAGGAGCUCACACUGCAGAGUCCUGCUGAUAAAAGCUCUGACUCGUCUACAAUCUCCUCCUGUCACAUUAUCUCCCCCACUUCACCCUUCGACUCCCCCAUCACAUCAUCCAUCGGGCCGUCAGAGCGGGUGGAGGAGGGUGAAGGUGCUUCCACACAGACCGGUACGACCGAUUCAUCCUCGGUAGUUGCAGGAGCAGAAAGUCGCACCACAACAAUGCCGUCAAACGACAAGUGUUUGGAUGAACGUUUAACCACGGAGAGUGAAACUGAUCAAGUGAACAGCACGACUACGAGUGGGGAACAACAAGUUUCAAUAAAUGAGCAGAAAACUUGGCAACUUAUAAAAGAGCUUGAACUGACACAGAGGGAAUUGUCUCGACUGCAGCAGAUAAACAGUGAUCUGCAGGAAGAGCUACAACAACAGAGAGAGAAUCCUUCUCCUUCACAGCUUGGUAGUCUUUCAAACGGCUCUCCGGGUCAAGCUCUGGCUCUACAGAGACUGCAGAAGAUGAACCACGACCUCCACUCUGAGCUGGAGGCUCUGAGGAGGAGUCAGGAGGAGGCCAGAGAGGCUGAGCUGAGGAGUAGAGUGGAUCUCUUGGCUCAGCAGGCACAGUUAUUGGUCACUGGUGAUGCCACGGCACUCGCACAAGCCCAUCUGGAGCAAGACCGCCGGCGGUUUCAGGAGCAGCGGGUGGAGUGGGAACACUGCGUGGCCUCCCUGAAGUCCCAGCUGAGUGCUGCUGAGGAGCAGAGGAAGGAGGCUGAGGAGCAAAGGAGGGAGGUCGAGUCUCGUUUCACACAGCUGCAGCAGGAGGUGCAGGGUUAUCACAGUCUCCAGGAGGAGGCCAUUCUCUUACAGAAAAAUCUGCAAGAGACGAAAACUCAACUUCAAGCUAAUGAGGAGGCCCAGGCUCAGAAAGAGGCUCGCCUGCAGAAGCACCUCCUGCUCCUUCAGGCGAGUCAGGACAGAGAGCGGAGGAGUCUGGCUGCUAGUCUGGCACAAGCAGAACAACACUCACAGGUCCUCCAGGAGAGACUAGACAGGGCUGAGGAGCAGCUGGGGAGCCUGAAUAAGAGUCAGACGUGGACCAAGGGCAUUGAGAGAGCUCAGCAGCAGCUCCAGGAGGAGCUAACGUGUACAGUUACAGCUGUGCAGAAACUUCAGGAGGAGAGAGAGCAGGUGGAGCGUCGCUGUGAGGACCUGCAGAGUCAGUUAUCCGAGGCAGACGUGGAGGUGAGUCGGCUGCAGAGCCGCCUGAAAACCGACGAGACGCACUACUACAACAUGGAGCACUCGUAUGAGAGAGUUUCUGAGGAGCUGCAGGUGGCCUUAGGGAGGGUGAAGCAGAAGGAGGCAGACAUUCAGGACAUAAGAGAGGGCUACGAGAGGCUGCUGGACAGAAAGGAGCAGGAGCUGAUUGAAAUCCUGCUGAAGAUGGAGGUGUUAGGAAACAGUCUGGAGGAGACGGAGGUGAAGCUGAAUGAGAAGAUGACAGAGUGUAGCUGCUCCUCCUCUCAGCAGAAGAAUGAAUCCUCAGAGACUCCUCAACAGACCGCUGAUCCAGUCAGGACAAAGGAAGCAGACAGUGGCCUGGUGUCAAACCACACAGGCGCUGUUGAACAGUCAGGACCCCGUUCUCUCACGGUUGACUCAUCUCAGCAGUGUGAUGUCACAGCUGAUGACGACCCGGAGAAGUUUAUGACCGUGAUCCAGACUCUUGAGACGAAGCUGUUUGUAACAGAGGAGAAGCUAAGGGACAUCAUGCAGAGACUGGAGGAGCACCAGGGUCACACAGGCUGCCAGGACCCCCACCUCUGCUCCCAGCUGACCCAGAGCCGAGCCACCGCCCAGCACCUCAGUCUGCUGCUGCACAGCCAGGCCAAGCAGAGCCAGCGCUUCACUCAGGAGACAGAGAACUGCUGCAGGAUGCUGGCGGGAAGGUUUCAGGUCGCACUGAACAUCAUACAGGUCUGCAGAGAGUGGCUUCAAUCCGCACCGAUUAAUAUAACAGAGUUUGAGAAGCAGUUAUCCAGCGCUGCUGCCUGCCUUCAGCAAGGAGAAAGAGAUGCAGAGAAACAGAUUCAAGAAUCAUGCAACGCCGGCAGAGGAGAGGAGAAGAUCCUGAAAGAUGAAGCUUCAGCAGCUGCAGCUGAGAGAAAACACUCAGAGGUCGACAUGGAAAGUGCAGGAAAGUGUUUCAUGAGGGAACUCUUUGUCGUGGAGAAAAUGGUGUCCGUCCUCCAGAGUCAGAGUGGGCGAGCACUCCUUGUACCGAGAGAAGAUGAGGGAGAUGUGGCAGCCAGAUACAGAAGUUUAAUCUCCCAAAGAAUAGCGUUAAAGACAGAGAGAAGGACUCCAUCUGGGAGGACAGAAUGUGACAACAAAGAACCUGUAGAAGGCAUCAUCCAUUCAGUCUGUGCUGAAGCAGAGCUCACGUAUGCUGCCUUAAAUCUUCUGCAGGAAUUUGAGAGCGGGACAAGCGAAAGAAAUAAAGAGAGGGAGCAUGAGAGGAAAAGUCUGGCGGAUAUCUGCCCCCCAGAGCUGGCUCCUUAUGAGGGCAGAUGUUCAGAAGAAGAGGCAGGUGAAAACGAUGACAAAAAGGAAGUGAUGGAGAGAGAAGCAGACUGGUUAGAGAGACUUCUAUCCCGCCUGCAGAGGAGAGUUAAGUGUUUACGCCAGCUGUGCCAGGAGACGUCUGAUGGAGAUGAAGCAGACUGCAGUACGGAUGAUUGUUGGGAAAACGCUUCUGCUUCUGACUUAAAUCGGAUGCUGGAGCAAGCGAAGUUGAUUUAUUUGUCGGAGAGACUGCGCUUGGAUUUAGAGCAGCAAAGUGAGAUGUUAAAGGACAAACUGCAAGCUCUGUGCAGAGAGGAAGAAAUCAAAUUGAAGGACGAGCAGGAGGCUUUUAAUUACACCUUGUGUCAGCUCCAGGAGGACAACUCUGCGUUGAGAGAAGAACUGGAGCGUGUUGAGCUGAAGAUCCUCUCAGAAGAGACCGGGAACCAGAGACUCCUGGAAAACAUGCAGGAAAUCGAGGAUUAUCACGAGGAACGGAUGAACAAGCUGGAGGAAGAGUUUCAGGAGAAGAUAAAAAAGCUGCAGCAGAUCCACGAAGACGAGAUGAAACACUUGCAUGCUUACUACACUAAGUCUAGUUUGUUCAAAGAGAAGCAGAUUCAAACCAGCACGAAAGCCCCAACUGUCCCUGAAUGCACCUCCUCCUCAUCAGACCAGACUGUGAUGGAGAGGAGGACAAAAGAGGAGCUCAGGAACCCAACGACUGGAGGUGAUGAAACAGCCGGGAGGGAAGCGUAUCAGGAGGAUCACGUAAUACUUGAGGCCCCAUCUGAUGAAAGCAUCACCGCUUUGGAGGAGACGCACAGACAGCUGAUGGGUGACCUGCAGCAGCAGCAUCAGCAGGAGGUGGACGCUCUACUGAAGGAGAAAGACCAGCUGCUGCAGGAGGAGUCGGCCGCCACGAUGGCAGCCAUUGUGGCGAUGAGGAGAGCACAUAAACAGGAGCUGGAGAACAGCCGACGGUCUCAGCACAUCAGGGAGAGUGCUGACAUCACACAACUACAAAUCGAGCACGAGGAGGAGCUGGAGGUGUUGCAGAAGGAGCUCGAGACGUUGUCGGUUCAGCACACUCAGAAAUGUCUGGAAAACUCUCAGCUGACCCAUGAGCUGCAGGACGAGAGAAAGUCAUCGAUACAAUACCAGAAAGAAAACCAGGAGCUCAAAAAGAAGCAGAGAGAACCAGAUGAGAUGACUCAGCGAUGUUUCUCCCUGAAUGGGAAGCAGCCGCAUGCUGUCCCUCAAGAAAACGACUUCUAUGAGAUGGAGGUGAUUCUGAGGGCGAGAGAGGCAGAGAUGCAGUUUCUCAGGCAGGAAGCUUGCUCGCUCAGGGAGGAGUUGAAGAUUGCUCGGAUGGACAAACUGUACGCCCAGAACAAGCUGAAGGCUCUUCAUUCAAACAGUCAGGAUGAAAUCAGUCACGACGUCAAAAAACUCUGUGAAGAUUUCAAGUUCUCCUCUUUAGGCAGAGACGCUUCAGCUCGGCGCCGCGAGAACACUGUGACAAACACAAACAACUCUGCUUUUCUGAAGAAAACAGAGAAAUCCUUCCUCACGCGUCAGAUCAGAGGAAUGAGAUCGAAGAGUUUGAAAGAAGGUCUCUCCAUCCAAGAGAGAAUGAAACUGUUUGAGUCGUUCUGAUGAAACAAGACGAGAGAGUGGAAUCUGCAUUCAGAGCAAAGCUGCGGUUUAGAAGAUUUAUUUCUGUGUAACUUUUGUUGUUAUACAAUGUUUUGUUCGUCAUGAUUUUUUUGACCAUGUAAAUAUGUUUGUGAUGGUCUGUUGGAUCUGGAGAAGUGAAUAUUUAAGAGGAAGAAGCAUCAAAAGAACCACUAGAGGGAGCCACUUCACUCUGACUUUUCUAGAUAAAACAUUUUACAAAGACUGAUGAUUGUUAUACGUUGGAGCUCAGCACUUUGUACAGUGUAGACAAAGACUCUCAGACUGUGUUUAUAUAAUAACAAAAACUGAGUGUGAUGGAUUAGUUGUUUAAAAAUGUUACAAACAUAUCGUACCACUAGAUGGAGCAGGAAACAACCUGAACUCUGACAUCAGACGGCGAGCUGAGACUGAGGCGAUGCUCCUUCAUCAAAAGGUUUUUUUUUAUGUACAAAAAUAUUUCAGCUGAAGAAAUAAAAUAAGAACAACAGUUUCAGGAUUUUAAACAGUUUCAGAAUUUUAAUAUUAAAAAUGUAACACUGAAGAUAUAACUCACUGUGUUUGAUGAUUUUUU